CAAAAAGCCAAUAACCUUGAACUUCGUGGUAUUGCCGGGCAAUAUUCCCUUCCACACAAAUCAGUCAGGCGAACACAUACUCUCCUGCGGACGUUCCUCUGUCGACUGUGACCGCACCGUAGUCCUCCAUCAUGGCUCUGGCACCGAAGACGGAGUCGCACCGGAUCUUCGAGAAGCUCAAGCGGAAAGAGGCCAACAAGAUCUGCUUUGACUGCGGCGCCAAGAACCCGACAUGGAGUUCAGUACCGUUCGGCAUCUAUCUAUGCUUGGACUGCUCUGCGAAUCACCGCAAUCUGGGCGUGCACAUCUCCUUUGUCCGAAGUACCAAUCUUGACCAGUGGCAAUGGGAGCAGUUACGGCGCAUGAAAGUGGGCGGCAACGAGAGUGCGACCAAGUAUUUCCAAUCACAUGGCGGGUCCGCUGCGCUGGCGAGCAAGGAUCCAAAGCAAAAGUACACGAGCAAUGCUGCGACGAAGUACAAAGAUGAGCUAGCACGAAGAGUGGAGGCUGAUGUCCAGAAAUAUCCCAACGAAGUGAGUGUUGAUGACGUUGCAGAUGCCAGCGAUGGCACAGGCACAAACACACCUGCAGGCGAACCGGCAGACGACUUCUUCUCAUCGUGGGACAAGCCUGCGAUCAAGCGGCCGUCAAACCCACCUUCACGCACUGGCACACCCUCCAGCAUUAACCGGACCGCCUCCCCCUUUUUGAACGCGAACGGCAAUGGCACAGCACGACCAAAGUCUCCACUCGUCGCCACCGAAACGUCUCCAGAAAGCGCGUCUUCCGCGCCUCCAGCAUCACGUGCCAUCUCCUCAUCAGCCAUCCGCAAGACGGGCGGCAUUGCAAGCAAACCGAAGCCCAACAUCCUUGGCGCGAAGAAGAAAGGGCUCGGAGCAAAGAAGAUUGACUCUAGCGCGCUCGAUUUCGAUGAAGCCGAAAAGAAAGCACGAGAAGAGGCGGAGCGGAAGGAGAGGCUUGGCUAUGACCCAGAUGAGGAGCAUGCGCCUUCAGAAGCGCGCAUCACCGCCGCGCAACCAGAUAAUGCAACUACGACCAUACAUCAGCCGACGCCGCUUAGUCCGGCGCGAGCGAGUAGCUUUGGCAGCACGGGCGGUCCCGGUAGACAAAGAACCGACGGCGAGAUGGAGCGCUUGGGGAUGGGUGUGCGAAAGUUAGGCUUUGGGCAGGUAGGCGGAGGGACUGCGAAAGCAGCUGCACCGAAGGCUAUGGGUUUUGGGUCUACUAGCAAGGCGCCUGUUGAAGACGACUCCGAACGCUACGCCCGCCAAAAGUUCGGCACGCAAAAGGGCAUCUCUUCCGACGAGUUCUUCGGCCGCGGCACAUUCGACGCUAACGCCCAGGCCGAAGCCAAAGGUCGCCUGCAGGGUUUCGAGGGCGCGACGUCCAUCUCGUCCAAUGCGUACUUCGGGCGGCCGGAGGAGGACGAGCCGGAAGGCCAAUACGGUGACCUGGAGACGACUGCGAAAGACCUCAUUCGCAAGUUCGGCAUCACUGCGGGCGAUGAUUUGGAGAACUUGACGGGUAUGCUUGGAGAUGGCGCGCAGCGGUUGCAGGGGGCUAUUAGGAACUAUCUCAACGGCUAACCUGGCUUACUCUGGGAAGAGAGUGCUGUAAGCGUGGUCGUUGAGGGAAGCGUAGGGGCCGUAGUGUUAAAGUUGCUCCUCUUGUACACGUCGCCUGUCGACGUUCACGCGGCGCCUCAUCUCGAAUGCGUAUCUCAACUACAUACCCCGGAAUGCGCCCCUAGGAUGUCCGAAAAGGCAUGGGGACUUACGACGUACGAUAACCUGCUCAUAACCGCCAAAUGGUGGCGAGCUUGAGCCUUUACAGAUGCAAUCGACAACCUCCAUCGUUUGUACGCCGGACUGGAAGCAACAGACUGACUAAACCAGCCAGGGAGGAUUAGCGUCUCAUACUCAAGGUUAAGUCGACCGUCUGUACGGCUGCUGAGGCACGUUACGCGAAGGACGUUGAGUGGCUGACCAUUGACUGCUCUUCGAACCUCGACAACCCACAUCUCUAGCCACU